CAUUUGUCGCGGUCGGCUGGACAACGACGCGAGUGGUAUGCACAGCUCGCACGAGCCACAGCCGACGCCUGUCCCGCUAGCGCACGCGAAAUAGCCACGCAUGUGUACGCGCUCGUCUCGUGGCCGCGGCAGCGGCAUGACUCAACGUCAACGCCUGUGUUCGAGCCGUCAGUUUCACUAAGUGAGUCGCCUAAGCUGAGCGCUCAAAUUACUCGCCGUAUUUCUCAAAGCACGCGUAGGGCGGCCGGUGGUCGUCUCCUAAUUGUGCAUAUGUACCCGCGACUACUACGUGCCGCUCGUGAUGUGUUUCUGUCGCAAGUUUGAAGUUUUCAACUGCCUACCUGCUGGGACCACCUCCCACUUUUGAAAGCUCACAGGUGGCCGGUUUGUGAUGGUGCAUGGUGAGAAGUGACAGUGUUGGCUUGGAGACCACGAAGAACCCUGUGCGUCUCCCCGGAGUGGCUGGCUGGCGGGAUGCUCUGCAAUGAAAAAGCUUCGUCGCCGCCUCUCGUCAACUCUCAACCCGUCACGCUUCCGCAGCGAUGAGGGCCUCUCGGAACUCUCGGGUCAGCUGUCGAUCCAGGAGAACGGCUCCGACCCUGGGAGCCACACUGGCUCAAGGUUAAGCCUGUUCUCUCGUGCAACGCAACGCUUCUCCAUCUCCUCGUCGAGGAUUCCCGACCUUCGCUCCCCGCUCACAGGUGUUGUUCAUGAGCAUCCCCGGAUUGGCUCUGAUGGCGAGAGCGAAGAGGCAUCCGGUGCUUCGGACGAGGUCAUCUCGCCCGUGCGGCUUCGGCCCAAGACCAACAACAACCGCAGGACCAGUCAGUCCGACAUCAGCAAGAGGUUGUCACUACCCGCUGAUCUGCGGCUUCCCGAGAGCUUCCUCAACAAGCAGCAGCAGGUCCUGGAUGGUCCUCUCAGUAGGUCUAUCCGAAGACAGUCUCUGUCUGAAAUCGGAUUUGGAAAGAUGGAGACCUACACGAAGCUGGACAAGCUUGGGGAGGGGACCUACGCCAUGGUGUUCAAGGGCAAGAGCCGGCUGACGGACAAUUUGGUGGCCCUCAAGGAGAUUCGGCUAGAGCACGAGGAGGGGGCGCCUUGCACUGCCAUUAGAGAAGUUUCACUCCUGAAGGACUUGAAGCACAACAACAUAGUUACUCUACACGACAUAGUUCAUACAGAAAAAUCUCUCACUCUCGUCUUCGAAUACUUGGAAAAAGACUUGAAGCAGUAUAUGGAUGACUGUGGAAACUUCCUCUCAAUGAAUACUGUAAAAUGCUUUCUGUUCCAGCUAUUGCGCGGCCUGGCGUACUGUCAUGGGCGGCGCAUCCUUCACCGGGACCUCAAGCCACAGAACCUGCUCAUCAAUGAGCGGGGAGAGCUCAAGCUGGCCGACUUUGGCCUGGCGCGAGCCAAGUCGGUGCCCAUCAAGACCUUCUCGAACGAGGUGGUCACCCUGUGGUAUCGGCCGCCAGAUGUCCUCCUGGGCUCCACCGACUACUCCACCUCCAUCGACAUGUGGGGCGUCGGUUGCAUCUUCUACGAGAUGGCGAGCGGGCGGCCGCUUUUCCCUGGCUCGACGGUGGAGGACGAGCUGCAUCUCAUCUUCCGCACGCUGGGCACCCCGACGGAAACCACGUGGCCAGGCAUUGAAUCUCGAUCCGAGUUCCUGGCCUACCACUUUCCCCGCUACACGCCCGAGAACUUGGGCUCCAAGGUGCCACGCAUCGGGGCGCCUGGCGUGGCCCUCCUGCUCGAGUUCCUCAAGUUCGAACCAAAGAUGAGGAUCUCGGCAAAAGAUGCAAUGAGGCAUUCUUACUUUGACAGCUUGGGGCCAAAUGUUCACAAACUUCCAGACACUGCUUCAAUCUUCACAAUACCUGGGAUACAACUGACUCGGGCGGCAAGUCUUCGAUACGACCGCAAUGCACCGUCGGUGUAACCAGAGCAGCUGCCGUUUGUCCGAACUUUCUGUUCGCCCGCGUGCACACACACACUUAUACCUUUUGCGUUGCUCCCACUCAUCUGUCUACGGCACCCAAGGACGAUAGGGUCGGUCGACAGCGGCUCCUAGUCAUGCCCGGCCACGGCUCAACUCUCUUGUUCCUGGUGUUACUGCCCGACAUUGCCAGUUCCCCCCGCACGUGCACAUUUUUUUUUUGUGUCUCUCUCUCUCUUUCACCCUCUUUGUGUGUGUCGUCAGUGUUGACGGCUGUGAGCAACAUAUCUCAAUCGAUCGCAGCCGUUUGUCGCGUCUCCUCUUCCGGCAAAACUGUAGCACUGCACUGCACGGUGUUGACAGAAUUACAGUCCAGUACAUUGUGAAAGAGAACGCUGACCUGGCAUUGUGAAAUAGUAUGGUGUGAGCAUGGUGCACAAAUGUGUACCAGAUAUUCGCCUGCUGAAACACUCGGCCUCGUUAAGCACAUAUUAUGCCCGUCACUGAUGAAAUGUCACACUUUAUUCUAGACUGGACGGUCUUUCUCAUAUUAUGCAAUGGUGAAUAUUUCAUCCCUCCGUGAAUUCAAUUGCAGAGGAGGGAGUGUGGUCACGGCAUCGUGUUCUCGCUACAAAUUCGUCCAUUCAUUACCGAGAGGGUACCUUUAGGCAAUGAUUUGAGAACAGAAAGCAGCUGUGUUUCACAAGGUUGAGGCUUGAGAAGCAGCAGGAAGCGGGGAAAAUCUGCCAAGAAAUAGGAAAGCAAUUUGCAUGUGAUCGCAACCGCCCCUUUAAAGCGCGCUUAGCACUUGCCUUUCCUGCUUUUUCUUGCUGCAUUGCCUAAGGAAACUAAGUCCUUAAGGGUACCUGGUUACUCGCACCCUUAGCUGUUGCUUAGUUUAGCUUGGUAGUGGAGGACAAAUGGAUAACCCUGUUUGAAGCCAUUCUCGUCUCGUUUGUCAUCUGGAAGCCCUCGUGAUAUCUGUGCUGCCAAAAAGAAGCCAACGCACAGUUGAGACAAGUCGAAAGGGCGACGCAAAUGACACAGUUGUGUCUCGUUUCUGUAGCACUGUUUAUUGUCGGCACACUUUGAGUGGUAUGAAAGCUCUGUGUUAGCAAUGUAGAGCAAAAUGUGUUCUCUGAGGUUGUCCAUAAAAAAAAAAUUGUGUAUAAUAGCAUGAGCGGAGAAUAUGAUGCGAGGGCAAUAAAGUGCUGUGAAGGCCAAGAAGGAACUGAACACCUAUAAGGUUUGAUACCCGGAAUGUAAUGCUAGAAGGAAAUUUGAGAUACCAAAAUGGUGUCAGUCCGAGAAGAAACCUUGUAUGUCCGAGUUUACGGUAUUUGAAAGACGCACUGCAGAUAUUUAUAAUCUACUGUCUGGUCCUGUUCGUUUUCUUUCUUCUCAUUUUUUACAUUAAUGUGUUUCUCAUUCUUCACAUUGUAAUGAUUCUGCUGUGUGGGACGUUUAUAGUUAUCACGCGCAGUUGUGUGGAUGGUUGACUCUAAUGUUUUGCCUGUGUUGAUUGCCUGGCUUGCAGAACAGAGGUUAUCACGAUGGUAUUCGUGAAUUGUUCAAGCGAUAAACGGGCAGUCUUGAAAACCAUGGGGCAGCAAAUGUGCACCGCUUUUGUUCACCUGUUUCAUGCAGUGCAGAGGAAAAAAAGAAAGCUUGCUCUUUCACACAAGGAAAUAUGUCACUUUCAUUUCAAGCAAGCUUUUAACAACGAUCUCUACAGUGCAAGCUUACAGAAGAGAGCAUUAAAAAGAAACUUCUGCUUUGAGAAUUUUGCAUUUUACCAAUCAAUGGCUGAUGUGGGAAAGUAGUGAAUUUGGUCAAGGAGAGGCUAUAGGCUUUGCCACGUUGGCAUGGCGCUCUGAUGCUUAAUUGUGCGUUUUUAUUCAGCAAGUUGUGACAUGUGCUAUUUAAAUGGGCACUAAAGGCAAAUAUUAAGUCAAGCUUUAGUGAUAGAGUGAUGCCAGAAAAAGUCUUAAGGUGUCAAUGUUAUCGAGAACAGAGCUUCAGUAAGCGGGAAAUUGAAGUAAAUGUAGAGCACGAUUUGAGACUCUGCCGGGACAUUCUAGUACUAGCCCAAUGAUGUAACACCUCAUUAGAAUUGUGUCACUAAAGAUAAUAAAAUAUUUAGAAACUCACAGAAGCUCAACCUGCCACAAGAGCUCGCAAUCGGGGUGGUUUUAUUGUGUAAAAUCCCAGAAUAUGUUUUUUUAACAUUGCUUGCAUAGCCACAGAAAGUUGAGCACGAGUCGUGCCAGAUAGAAGUGCUUCUAGAGAACACAAUUUGGUACACGGCUGUUGCCAGGAAUGGUUUCCUUGGUUAAAGCAUUUCCAGUGUAGGUCUCAUUUACUGCUAGCAGCUAGCUUUUUUUUUUAAUCUCGUUUUACUCUGUUUGCUCGAAUAUAUUUUAUACUGCUCCUGUAUCUUCAAUCUCUCUCCCUCUUGGGACCCUCUGUUCUCUUUCCAGCUAGACCUCAUUGCACAAGCUAGUCUCAGCCAAUGUUCGUAAAGCCAAAACAAGCGCACAUGUAUUAGUUUCAAAGGACAGAUUUCUUGAGACUUGUUGUGAGAUGCGAACUGUCUGUGCAUAUUAUCUUAAGGGGGUGCUGCCGAUACAUCGUACUUGCUGGUCAACAUACAUGGGCAAUCUCCGCUGUUUUCCGAGAUACUGAGCGGGUAGCUUGCUCAUCCGAUAUUUGAGAAUAUUUGCUCUUUCUAUCGCUGUAUCUCUUCGCACCUGCUUUUUUGUGAGGGUAGGACUACCGCUGCUAUUGCCGCUGGUGCGUCCAAAUUUAUAUUUUAUCUGCUGCGGUUGUGAUAGUGCGGAUAGCUGCUCACAAGGGCUGUUAACCGACCAAUCUCACAGCGAGUUUUACUGUGGCCACUGCUGUCGCAGAAAGUGCCGGUAGAGGUUAUCCGUGGCAGUGUGAAUGUCAACUACAGUUCGAACUUCUUCGCUUUUCUGAGAUUUUCUUUCUUUGAAGGACUGCCAUAACAUAACCUUAGGGGUGAAGUGGGACAGAGGAGGUGAGGAUAUCAGAACUGUGCAGACAGGGCAGGGUUGGUAUGUAGCUCACCGUUGAAACACGUAAUGCAUCUGGCCUCAGCAUCAACUUGAGUUGCCUUGAACUUGUGUACAACGUAUAAGUGAGGACUACCAGCAUCGUGGUGCUGGUAAGAUAGGUGUAUAAGGGCCCUGAGCCCUGUAAAAUCAGUCUAUUGCAGUUGGGUUGUCUUGUUAAAGGCCAUAUUUGAGUGCAAGUACACUUAGAAGCACAGGUAUGAGGAAAUUCAGACAAACUUCAAAGAGAAAGGCAGGAGGGAAGAUGGCGUUGUUGUACUGUGAAUGUGCUGUAUAUGAGGAAUGUGCAAUUCUUUGGGAGCUUCAAAUGAAACCUCACUCUUUAUCGACUGUACUGCGCGCAGAGACUUAAAAGCUAGUGCAUAUAGAGUAGGCUUGCGUGUAGUGCCAUAUAGCUUAAUGUGUUAUAUCCUUCUUAGCCAGUCCCCGAUGCUCAAGGGAAGGCCCGCAACUAUACGAGACAGGUGCACCAGCACUCAAUUCAAAGUACACAAACCGUGCACUGAUUGCUGUAUGUGUCAAGUUGUCCAGUUUUUUCGGUGCUGACCAGAGAAAAAGUCCAUCCAGCUAAUCAUUUAAGGAGCUCACAAUUUGCACGCUCGCAUCUCCAGUACCCAACUCUCUCCCGUCCCCGUGUUUUUGACUUGUCCUUAUGUAGCCUGCAUGCUUGUCUUGCACGCUUUUCUCGCACUCUGGCGAGUCGGCUAACGGUACUUACGGCUGACAAACUGGUUGAAGCGUGACUUUGUGGCCACAUUCCACACUGGCUGCUCUCUUUCGACACGGAGACAAGCUUUCAAGAGAACUGGGGAACAGCGUCCAGCUCAGUUUCCUUCGUGGAAACAGCUCAGUUUGUAAUGGUGAAAGUGUUGCUGUUGCCCUAGGACUGGCAUGCUUCUGAUAGCAUUCUUCCCAUUGUUGAGCUUAGUGUGUGUGUGUGUGUGUGUGAGAAAUGAUGCGAACAGUGCAGAGGGCGCCGAUGCGAAAGGGAACACCCGAUCACUGCUCGAACAAUGAUUACAACAAAGGUGCAAGUUCGUAUGUCAAUAGCUGACACGUGCUAAGUAGUUCUCAUAGUUGAGAACUUGUCACGAGGUACUUUUCUACUUUUGCUCCGAAAAGCAAGGUACACUUGAAAUCGGGCGUUCACUUUCAUGUCGGUUCGCCUUGUACUUGUAAAAAAAAAAAGAGUGCCGAACAUGCUGCAGUUUUGUAACCUCUUCUGCGUGUGCCACAGAGCUUCGUGUUUUCCCCCGAAAGUCUACAACACAACAAGUAUUGCCUCAGAGUGUGUGCAGGCUUGCAGUACAAUUACGCGCGCGAUGAAGGACCAUACGCCUCUUUUUUUCAACAAGAGGGUGAUGUCAUGUUUGGUCUCGAAACUCACUGGUUAAGCUUUCGCAGCCAGCGUUUUCUUUUGUUUUUUUUUGACUGACAGUGCCGCAAGGAGCUGCGAGCGUCGGCUGUCUUGGCUCGUCUUGGCAGCCAGAGACGCAUGCCCACAGCCCAGUGUGAUAAGUCGAAGGACCUGUACCUGGCCUGUUUCUAUGACGAUUGCUCACAGAUUUUUCCACGCUUUUGGGCGAGGUCGGAGAAGGAGAUGAAGCUUUGCGCAUUGACAGUGCGUGUGUGCCAUAGGCAGGUUUGAAGUUUCUCACGGUAGUUUGCUUCACCAAGGGAGGCGAAAGGUGUUUGUCAAAGCUCUCUGAGGCAUUCAUUCCACAAGACUACUCGGUCCCGAAGCUCACCUCUCCGCGUGGUUGAAAUGUCUUUGGGAUAGCUCUCCUUCUUUGCCACUUUUUUUUUUUUUUUUAAGCGUAGGAAAUUGUUUUCUUGGCGUGCAUGCGUGUGGAGUGUGUUGCCUGAAGGCAAGAAAGCAUUGUGGGACUGUUGUCAGAAACCACAACCGUGUGUACAAGAACAUGUAUUCUGCAUCUCAGAACUUGUUGUCAAGCUGUUGUAAAUAAAAUUGUACAUAAACAUGCAAUAGCAACAUAGACAAAUAAAAACAUUGAUCCAGACAA